ACCCGGGUGACUCAAAAGGCGAGCCGGUCAAAAUUGUGACCAGGAGACAGCAUGUCUUUCACGAUUUCACUUUCACCUUUGGCUGCAACACAUCUUACCCUUUAUUCUUCUUCUUCCUCUGUAUUAUUCUCUUUCUUUGUUGGGCUUCAAAAAGUAUUGUGUUUUCUGUGCUUCCCGAGCUUCUUUGUCAGGAGGACCGAAGACAAUGGGUGGGUUUCAGGCACCCACAUUGCUUCAUUUCCAGGAGCCCUUGUCUCUGCUCUGAAAUUGGCUGUCUUGCAUUUUGGUUCUUGCGUUUUCCUCACUUUCAAAUGGGUGUCCUUUGCAUAGAGGUUGGAACUAGGCGUUGAUGGAUUCCUAGUUGCACCCUUAAUCAUGAAAUCAAUACCAAAGGAUGGCCUGCGCUCUAUUAUACCUCUUUGUUUCAGAGGAAAACCAGCCACACGCUUCGGCAUAUUCCCAAAAGUGAAGUCAGCAGGAUAUAGUCCAGGCAGUACGCCUGUAUAUCUAAAUGUAUAUGAUUUGACACCCGUAAAUGGCUAUGUUUAUUGGGCUGGUCUUGGUAUCUUUCACUCUGGUGUGGAAGUUCAUGGGAUUGAAUAUGCCUUUGGAGCUCACGACUACCCGACUAGUGGUGUCUUUGAGGUUGAUCCUCGACAUUGCCCUGGCUUCAAGUUUAGGAAGUCAAUAUUUAUGGGUACAACAUGCUUAGAACCUGUACAGGUUAGAGAGUUCAUGGAGCGCCAGUCGGCAAACUAUAACGGGGAUACGUAUCACUUGAUUGCUAAGAACUGCAAUCAUUUUUGUGAGGAUAUAUGUUACAAGCUGACUGGGAACCGAAUGCCAAAAUGGAUAAAUAGACUUGCAAGAAUAGGUUCACUGUGCAACUGCGUACUCCCGGAGGCCCUCAAAGCAACCACUGUAUGCCAUGACCCUGACUUCCAGGGAUGUGACAAUGAAAAGAAGAAAUUGAGGAGUGCCUUUAGUUAUCUGUCAUCAAUAUCAAUGCAUCAGAGGGAAGUAUCAAUGUCAUCGUUGUUUCUACAUUCUCACUAUAAGGGCUGUUUACCACCAUGGGAGUUGAAGAGGUCUAGGACUGGUUCGAUGAAGGAACAGUGAGUAGACUUCAUUUCUUUGUAGUUGAAGGGACACUGAACGUCCAUCUUGCAAUAUUGAGCUAUUGGAGAGGGGGUGUGCUAUUCCUGCUCAUUUUCAUCCACAAUGGCCUUCAAAGACUGAAAUCUGUGCGAGUUUGUUGUUGUGAAUUUUAAAAAACAAAAUAGAAAGGCAUAUUCUUCUGGUUUUCUGUAUUUUUGCUAACCUUUGGAAUUUGCUUCUUGUAUUUAUAAAAUUGUAUGCUGAUAUUAGCUCCAUUGAUGUGCAGUCAUAUCUUUACAACAAAAGAAGAAACCAAAUAGGUUGCUGAAUUGUUUUCAUACCAUUUUGAGCUCCCAUAUAACGUGUUCUUGUUGUUGUCA